AUGUCUUGCAGGCCCACGCCAAUAAUUCCUAUAGUACCGGUACCAUCCUCGAAAAUUUCCAGAGGCGAAUGUCGUGGUUACGUCGGAGACCGUCUCUCGAAUGACCGAGGCCAUGUCUCCCGAAGGCAUGGUCGCUUUUUCGAGAAAUAUUUUCCCUGGCAGAUCCCGGAAAAGCUCGUGAUGGCCGCUCCCCUUGAUGAUUGUAAAUGGGUAGACUGGGCCAUACAGACACAGAUGAUACAACGUCUUUAUGGGUGCCUGCAAUUAGCUUGGUUGUUGCGGGAGACGCAGUCUACAACAACACCCAUCCGUACCUUGGAGAAUGAAGUGCCAAGAGGCCGGAUCGCGAUGGGUAGCAGCGCUCGAACCGAAAAUUUGAUCCAUCUAAGGGAUUCUCCCCCAUGUCAUCCAAGCCACCAAGGGAUAUUUGGACGACUUCACACGACUCCAUGGACAAACAUCCACUCCCGAGAAAUUACACUCCCCAAUGCUAGAACCCAAAUGAUAGAAUUGCAUUGGGUCACUAUGAGGAAAUGCAACGCUCGUGAUGAAAUGACUCUACGUAUCUAA